AUGUUAUUCAAAUCAAUUAGAACUUUACAAUUCUGUUCAAAAAAAUCAAUAAAUUCUUUAAUUAAUUAUAAUCAUAAUCAGCAACAUUCAAUUGCAUAUUAUAUUUCAAAAACACAUAUACAAAAUUAUUAUUAUUCAACAUUAAAAAGAACUCCAAGAGUAGGUGUUGUUGGUACAAGCAGAAUACAACAAAAUAGACCAAUAGACAUCUUUAAAACUAAAAGGCAAGAUUAUAAAAACUAUAAUGAUGAUGGCGGAGAAAACCUUCCAUCAAAAGCAGCUUCUAUUGAUGUUAAUUUACCAUCAAAUGUGUCCAAUGUAUUAACUGAUGAAAAACCUGCAUCAAAAAUUUUGGCAAAGUCUGCUUUAGUUGUUGGUAGACAAAUAGAAAUGUUAAAUGUUUUUAUGGGAUUUGAACAAGCAAAUAAAUAUGUAAUACUAGAUCCAUUUGGUAACAGUGUAGGAUUUAUAGCAGAGGAGGAAUCAUCAUUCAUUUCAACAAUUUUGAGACAAGUAUUUCGAACACAUAGGAGAUUUAGUGCACUAAUAUUGAAUGAACAGGCUGAAAUAGUGUUAAAGGUUCAUCGACCUUUUGCUUGGAUUAAUUCUCAUAUAUUUAUUUAUGAAGGACAAGAUAAUGAAUUGAUUGGUGAAGUGCAACAACAAUGGCAUUUAUGGAGAAGAAUAUAUAAUUUAUUUGUAAAUAAAAGACAAUUUGCAAGAAUUGAUGCAGGAUUUUGGGCGUGGGAUUUUAAUUUGGAAGAUGAAAGUGGUGGAUUACUUGGUAGUGUUAAUCGUAAUUUUAGUGGUUUUGCAAGAGAGAUAUUUACUGAUACAGGACAAUAUGUAAUUAGAAUGGAUUCAGUAGAAGGUAGUGUACGACCUUUGUCAUUGGAUGAGAGAGCUGUUAUAUUAGCAGCAGCAAUUUCAAUUGAUUUCGAUUAUUUCUCUCGUCAUUCUGAACAUGGUGGAGGGUGGUUUCAUUUAGCUGUACCAUUCUUUGGUGGCGGAGAUGAUGGUGGUGGAGAUUUUGAUGGUGGAGAUGAUUGA